AUGAAACGUGUUUAUUUUUUUUUGUGUGUAUUAUUCUCUAUACUUAAUAUAAACCCUUCUGAAGAAAAUUUGCCUCAUAGAGAAAAUGAUAGUUCUAUAUUUUAUUAUGGGUUCAUAAAUAAUGAAAAAUAUCAGCAUUAUCUGCCAUCUAAAUAUAACAAUAUAGAAUUUGAUACGGAUUUAAUAAAACUAUCAUGCCAUAAAGGAUACACCGUAGAAAUCAAAAAGGCGUCUAUAGUCGAUUUAAAUGAAGAAGAAAAUGAUUACACGGAUAUGGCAAAAGAACUGUGCUUUAAAAAGGAGCAGUGCCAGAUUGAUGUUAAAAAAUUCAAAAGAAAUACCAAGAAUAAACAACUUGAUUUCGAUUCAAAACUCUCCGUAGAAUAUAUCUGUUUGAGUUCUCAAAAGAAUCUUUAUGAUGGAUCCAGUUUUCAUCAAGGAGUUACCCACAAAUAUCUAAUAGUUCGAGAUAAAUCCCUAGCAUGCAUUCAAAAUGAUAAAGAUUUAAAGAAGUUUGCAUCUGUAUCCAAAGCCUUAGAAGCAUGUAGUUUAUGGAAUUGUAAAUACGUUGUAUGGAAUGAUGAAGAAAAGAAAGCAAUUAUAUGCAGUGACGAUAGUUCAGAUAAUCUAAUAACAAAAAAUAAUGACAUAACAUAUAUUAAUCCUACCGUUUUUUAUACAUAUGGAUAUACAACAUUUUUGAAUUAUGUGUCUAUAUGUGAUGAGGUUAUAAAAAGCGUAGGGCAUAAUCUAAGUAUGGGCAAAUCAGUUAAUACUUGUAAAGAAUUGGAUUGUGAUUUUUUUACAAAAAGUUAUGCAGGAUCAAUAAAAUCAUUAAACAAUAAUAAGAAUGGAAAGACUUGGUACCCAUAA